AUGAGAAUCACGAUCCCUACGGUACCUGAGGCACUGCUUUCUCGAAAGGGCACUUCAAUCGAUGUUUCGCAGGCUUCGGAGAGGGUAGCGAAUUUUUUCAGCGGAGGAAACGCGCUGGUUAUCACUGGUGCAGGAGUGAGCGUGGAAUCGGGGAUUAGGGCAUAUCGAGGGACCACAGGGAGAUAUAUGAAUCCAAAUUACAAACCAAUUCUUGUGAGCCCCAUGAUACGGUUAGGGACACCAAAUAACCGGACCAGUACCAUGAACUCGUUGAUCCUACCCCGAGAGGUCACAGUUUCAGGCAAGUACACCCCCAAUACGGCUUCACGUUAUUUAACCUAUAGAACUAGACAAAGAUACUGGUCUCGAUCCUAUCUCGGCUAUCCCCCCGUUCGUGAUGCACAGCCGAACCCAACCCACUUCGCACUGGCCGCUCUACAGUGGUCCGGAUUCGUUCCAAGGUUAAUCACCCAAAACGUUGACGGCCUCCAUCAGAAGGCUGUACCCAACGAAGCACCGUUGAAUGGUCCAGGACACAUCCUCGAGCUUCAUGGCACGUUGCAUAUGGUCCACUGUAGGAAAAACCAUACGGUCAAUCGCGAAGAAUUUCAGGACCAACUAUCUAGAUUAAAUCCAGCCUGGAAAGAUUUUGUAGACGAGAUGACACGUACCGGUAUCCAGCCUAGAACAAACCCAGACGGUGACGUUGAUAUCCGUGGUGUCGACUUUAGCAACUUUGUCCUGCCAGUUUGUAAAGCAUGUCUAGCGGAAGGAAUCCGUGACGAUGCAGUGGGUAUCAUGCUCAUCUCUAAUAAUUUCCACCUGGAUUUAAUCGGGAUGAGUUAA